UGUUUUUCUGAUAACUACCAUCAUCAGUAUUAUCAGUGGCGGAGCCGACAUGCAAACUAUUUUGCCAGAAGUCACUCCAAAAAUCUUAAAUGGAUGCCCAUCACUUGAAUCUGCGGUAUAUCAAGUGAGCGUGAUAAAUUCGAAUACGACGUUGAAUGGCGGUUGUGCCUAUAUCAACUACAAUUCUAGUGGCGUAAUGAGACAAUCAUUCAGCCUGUGGUUUAAUAGUAUAGAAAAUGUCGGGCAACGUUGCCAAAAUCAGGGGAUCGAUUAUUUGAAUUUUUACUGCCUGGAAAAAUCACUUUCGCCGACAGAAGACAUCAACGAGGGACGUAUGAAGUAUAUAAAGUUAUAUGAUGGAGCACCUAACAAGACAGGAAAUCCUGAUCACAGGUGUGCUUUGUACAAGACAGGCAAUGAAAGCGCCACUACAUUGCGAAUGGCGGUUAGCGAGAACGAUUCAUGUAAAGGCUUGUUAAACUUACUUUCUCACCCAAAGAUGAAGAUUCCCAAGUCUAAAAAUGGGUCCAUGUUGCUAUUUUUUAACAAGACUGGAGUCGAUAAGUUGGAAACAACAACUCUAACAUCAACUCUGGCAGAUACGACGACCACCGAGUCAAUAGAAUCAAUAGCCAAGCGGUUUGAGAGACGGGGCUACAUCCUUCAAAAUUUUGGAAAUCGACCCAACCCAUUUGGUUCAACCCGGAAAGCAGCAGUUCAGAAUAGAGGAAAAAGGGAACAACGACAUGCCUUAUCUUACAUAAUUGGUGGAGAUGGCGGACGAGGUUCAGUCUCGUUUCUCUAUGGUUCACAGUCAGCUAUAAACGAAAAAGAUGAUAGCACAAACACGACCACAACAACCGAGGAUAAAAAUAGGUUGCGCCAAUCAUUAGAAAUCAAGCACAUGAAAAUAAGACGCAGGCGCUCAGCAUCAAAUGUGAAGUCAACAUCUAAAACCGAUGUUCCGGUGUUGGCAGGCAUUAAUCCGUUUUCUUUAAUUCUAGUUAAUCGUGGGCACAAUAAUAAAACGGGUUCUAUAAAGCCACUUGGCUUAUGGGACCAAAUCACGAAAUUAUUUAAAGAUUAA